GAAGAAGACUGGCACCGCCCUCUUUGUGAUCAGCAGCAUGAGCUCCGGUUUGUUUUUGGUGUUUAAGUCGUGAGUCACGAAUCGACAGAGACACUGGAGACUUAAAGCUAAUUUUAUAAGUUCCAGAACUUUACAAGAAGAAGUAAGUCCGACUGAAGAAACGUCUUGGAUCGUGUUGGUGUGCCGCAAAGCCUGCUGGGUAAUUUACGUCGGCUCUACGUUGAGCGAGAGAAGGGACGUUCACUUGUAAAUGAUCCACAACACACAGACAUGUCCCUGUCCCUGUCAGCAGAGAGAGACCGGAUCCAGAGAGAGGUGGAGGAGCUGGAACAGAGUCUCUCUGUAACUCAGACUGAACUAGACCUGCUGAGCAGCGACUCAGAUGAUGAUGAUGACUCGGACUGUGAAGACGUGGAGAUCGAGGUGGGACAGUCUGCAGCAGGUCUGCUGGCUCAGAAGGAGAAGAUCCAGAAGGAGAUCCAGAACCUGGAGGGCAUCCUGGGACCUGACAGACCCAUCUCUGUAUCAGAUGAUGACAAUGACAGCAGAUCCAGUGAUGAGAGUGACCUGGGACUGUCGUCUUCAGUGGAGUCGUGUCUCCAGCUGAACCUGGUCUACCAGCAAGUGGUUGAAGAUACGUUAGAUCAGCUAGAGACGCUGCUGGGACAGAACCAGAAACAACAGAAGGAGAUCCUGACUCAGAUGUCUGGACCAGUCAAAGAGUCCUCCAGGGAUCAGCCCCCCCGCUCAUCCUACCAGCUACCAGCUAAGAUGUUCCUGGGACGCUUCCUCAAACCGUACUUCAAAGACAAGCUGACGGGACUGGGUCCUCCAGCCAAUGAGGAAGCCAGGCAGAGAGCUCAGAGGAUGGCGGGGUGUCUGGAUGACAAGAAGCUGAAGCCAAAACGAUGGGAGAGCUGGCAGAAGACUCUGCUCAUCCACUCGGUGGCCAGAGACAGUCUGAAGAGACUGGUCCAGCCCAAACUCUCCAGGGUGAACUACCUGAGCCAGAAGAUGUCGUCGGCGGGGCCAGCAGAGCGGCAGCAGCUGGGGGAGAGCAUGGAGGCUCUGGAGGUGGAGAUGGAGCUGCUCAGGGAGAAGAAGGAGGAGGAGCUGAUUGGUGAUCGAUAUGAAGAACACGACUGGCAGAAAAUAUCAAAUAUAGACUUUGAAGGGACGAAGGACGCGGGAGACAUCCGUCUGUUCUGGCAGAACUUCCUCCACCCGUCGGUGAACAAGUCGUCCUGGAGUAAAGAGGAGGUGCAGCGGCUGAAGGAGGUGAGCGGGAGGCACCAGGACGCCGACUGGGACCAGAUCGCAGAGGAACUGGGGACGGGGAGGACAGGCUUCAUGUGUCUGCAGAUGUUCCAGAGGUUCGUCUCCAGCUCUCUCAAACGGGGCAGCUGGACUCCAGAUGAAGACGCUCUGCUCAAGGAGCUGGUGCACAAGAUGAGGAUCGGAAACUUCAUCCCCUACACGCAAAUGACUUACUUCAUGGAGGGUCGGGAACCGAGUCAGCUCAUCUACAGAUGGAACCAGGUUUUGGACCCGGCCCUGAAGAAAGGUCCGUGGAGCAAAGAGGAAGACCAGCUGCUGCGCCAGGCCGUGGCCCAGCACGGAGAGAAGUGGUGGAAGGUCCGAGUGGAGGUUCCUGGACGCACCGACGGUGGCUGCAGGGACAGGUAUCUGGACUGUCUGAAGGGGGACGUUAUCAAAGGGCCAUUUGAUAAGCAGGAGUGCAAGCUGCUGCUGAUGCUGGUGAAGAAACAUGGAGUUGGUCGCUGGGCAAAGAUCGCUGCAGAGAUCCCCCACCGUGUCGAUGCUCAGUGUUACAGGGCGUGGAAGAAACUGAGUAAAACUGUGGAUGUAAGUAAAGUGUGUGUGGGAGGAGGAGGAGGAGAAGGGGGAAAUGGGGGGAAGAAGGCGGCACCAAGCACCAAAGCCAAGAAGAGAAUCAGGAAAGGGUCGGCUCAAGUAAAAGAGGAGAAGCUCACUGAGGAUGAGGACGAGGACGAGGACGAGGAUGAGAACGAGGAUGAGAAAGAGGUGGUGGAGUACAUGGACAGCGGUGACGAAAAGAAGGGAAAGCAAAAAGAGGUGAAGGAUGAAGAGGAGGAGGAGGAGGAGGAUUUGGUUCUCCUGCCCAUGCAGCACUGGGCUCCAGCGGAGAAACCUCGGCCCGAUCCCAACCUGCACUUUCACCCAGCGACGCUGCCGCCAUCCUCCGGCCCCGGCGACGGGAACCUGGUGCGCUCCACCGUCCUGGCCAAGGCCGGCCGCUCCGUGGUCCUGGGCCCCCGGCCCACGGUGCUGCGCUGGGAGGAGCGCCACAGCAGCCGCGCCAUGAUGAUGCUGUCCUGCGACCAGCUCCGGGCCCACUGGAGCCGCCUGGGGCUGAAGCUCAGCAGGUACCGCGGGCCGGAGGAGACGCCCUCCGCCGGCAGGCACAUCGCCUCCAAGAGAGCCACGGAGUUCAAGCUGCGGGCCGCCGUCAUGCCCUGGGUGGGCAACCUGCUGAUCGCGUCCAGGGCCAGGCGGACGGUGGCCGACGUCCAGAGGGAGAGGGGAGAGCGGGCCGCCGUCUCCUCCACCGCCGUCUUCCUGCUGCUCCUGCAGGCCAUGAACGUGGACAGCUACGGCUGCAAGCAGACCAUCAAGCAGCGGCAGAGCAGGGCGGCCCCGGCUCCGGCCGCUCCGGCCAGCAGGAACAGGAAGCCGGCGACCGUGGCCAGCCUGCUGCAGCAGGCCCGGAUGAAGAGGCAGCAGGAGGAGGAGCAGCAGAGGCUGAUGCUGCAGCGGCUGGAGGAGCUGCAGGAGGAGACGCCUCCUCCUCCUCCUCCUCCCCCACUAGGGCCUGUUUUCCUGCAGGUUCCUCCUCAGGGGGCACCUGGCCUUCCUCAUCCUCCCAUCCAUUCAGUUUACUCCAUGAACACGGCCCUUCCUGCUCCCGUCACAGUUCCUCUGAUUGUUGCUACGUUCCCCAGGGGUGUCACUCUGGCCUGUAGCCCACAGGUGCCACCGCAAGCCCCACCCCCUUCCCAUCACCCCCCUCUGUCCGUGGGCAGCAGCCGUCUGAGUGGAGGUGUGGGAGGGAGCCAGGACGCUCACGGGGCAGCAGCUCUGGAGGAGUCUCAGAUGUCCACAUCUUUAAGCUCCAAUUGGGCCGUCUCCUCAGCUGAAAGUCUGAGCGUAGCUCUGCCCCCCUGCACAGUCAUCAGUAAACCUCCCACCUCGCCGUUUAGAGACCACAGCUACCCCUGUUUGAGUCCUCACUCUGGAACAGGCUCCCCCAAACAGCCCGGGCCGUCCCCUAAGACGGCUCCCAAACGCCAGUCAAGAGGGAGGAAAAGACAAAGAGAGACGGAGCCGCAGGACCCGGCUGGGCCGGGUGUGACUGAGCAGGACCCGGCUGGGCCGGGUGUGGCUGAGCAGGGCGUGCACGGGUCAGACGCGGGUCCGGGUGUGGCUGAGCCGGGGAAGAGGCUCCGCAGGCCCAGCCUGAAGGCCAAAGCUCUGAAGGAAGCCCAGCAGGUCCAGCGGAGAGGCACACAGUCACAGGCUGCAGCGAGGAGGGGCUCCUCCUCCUCCUCUCCUCGGAGGAAACGCCCCCACAGGUCUCCCUCACAAGACCUAGGUGUUGCUCAGGCUCUGCCCCUGAACCCCGGCCCCGCCCUGCCUCUAGACAUGAACCAGGCUGUGUGGGUCGUGACCCCCGCCGGACUGGUGGCACUGGCCCAGCCGGUGCCGCCAGGCCUGGCAUUCAUACCAGGCACCACUCACACGCCUGCACAAGAAACCAGUCCAGAUCUUCCUCUGGCCCCGCCCCCUGCACCAGCAGCCCCCCUGAAACCAGUCACUGCUCCCUCUCCCCGACCGCCCCCCAAAGUGGUCCGAGUGAGCCCGUCCAAGGCCCCGGCCCUCUGUCGGGAGGGGCUUCAGUUUGACCCCUCCCUGAUGUUCCUGGAGCCCCCGGAGCAGGUGCAGGGUUGGCUGAGCGGGACCGGAGGGGUGGAGGUUCCGGGAGGGCGGGUGCCGCUGCCCUACAUGCCGCCCUUCAUGGGCAGUCUGAGCACGCUCAGUGCGCUGCUGACGUCCAUGAAGGCCACCAGGCAGACUUCGCUGCAGCUGCUGGAUCCGCCACGGGGCCGGACCAGGCCCGAGCCACCGACCAGGACCGCUGAGGCUCAGCAUCCAGCUCCCCUGCCAGACUCCACCUCUGACCGGCCAGGGGACCCGUCUGACCCGUCUGACCCGCCCACCGCCCGGCAGCAGCAGCAGCAGCAGCAGCAGCAGCAGCAGCAGCAGCAGCAGGAGGAGGAGGAGCAGGUGAGGGCGGUGCGUCAGCUCGUUGCAGAGCGCUUCUCUACGAACCCUGCCUACCAACUGCUGAAGACCCGCUUCCUGUCGUGCUUCACUGUCCCCGCCCUCCUGGCCAGCUUACAUCCAAUCAGGAAGGACAGGCUUCCCCGUCAGACCGAGGAGGACGAUGACUACGAAGAGGACGAGGACGACGAGGAAGACGAGGAGAUGAAAAUAUUCAGAGAGAUGGGAAGAAGUAAAAGAGCCGAGAGAUCUUUGCUGCUGUUAGAUGGCUCCGGAGCUCCGGCCGAUCACUUUCAGGGGAUCAGGGAUCAGGAACAUCUGCCAGCCCCCCACGGAUCAGACCAUGACAGAAGAGGGCAGGCUGGACCAGCGGGAACCGCAACACACGUAGAGCAAACAGAAUAACUAAGAUCCACAGAGACCUGACCAGGAAUGACUAAACCCAAACAUUUGAGAGCAGAACCGACCAUAUAAACAGGAUCACGCCGGAAUAAAUUGCUCAUCCAGCAUCCAAUGAGCACUGGUGCUCAUGAUGAGGUCACCUGUCUGAAGAAGGUGGUGUUAGGCAAUUUCAGAUUCUGGACCUCAGGUUCUAGAUCUGCCUCUUCGGGUUCUGGACCUCAGGUUCUGGGUCUGUUGGUUUUCAGAAGCUCAGAGGGUUAAAGCUUUAGUUUCAGAUUUUGAUGUUAGCAGCUGGGUUCUGCUGGUUUGUUCGUUUUGUGUUUUAGGUGUCUUAGAUGGUGGUGUGUUCAGGAGCGUAGGUUUUAAAGGUACCAAGUUUCUCUGACACA